AUGCAUAAAUCUUCCCUCCAAACACUUCCUCAUGCAGGCCUACAUAGUCAGCAACGGUCUCACAGCCUUCGCGCUUACCAUUCGGAGAUAUCAUUAGCGCCCGGUGGUGCAUCCGCUUCCAACCUCUCCCGAAGAACAUCAAGCAAUAUGGCAGCGUCCGAAAAUAAUUUGCGCAAAUCUCUCUCGCUCAUGGAAGACCUCGACGAUAACCAAUCACAUAAUUUUGGGGAAUUCUUAGUUGCAGCCGAAACUCUCGAGAAUAUCGUGAACGAGAGCGUAUUCGUUGGAGCUGCCCCACUGAAGCGGACUAAAUCAGGGCAAGUGGAUCAUGCGGCUAUCUGGAGAGAGAACAUGGGGGAUAAGGUUUUAAAAUUGGUGUAUGGAACGAUGAAAUAUAUGACAUACAUUGAUACAAUACUGGUUAAAACUCAGUUUCUAGUAUAUCAUAACGAGUUCCUCAACCACCUUGGUCUAGUCAAAGUUAUGAUGUACGACCUCAUGAAAUACCAUUUCAAUCAUCAUCGAUACCCAGAUAUAAAUUAUGAUCUUCCGAAAGAUGCAUCCUCAUCCGAUCAAGAGGGGGUGGAAGUUGUGCAAAGUCUUGAUACAGCACUCCGCGCUUUCCAAAUCAAGCUCGCCGCUGCGUAUGCGCGAAUUAGGAUUGACCGAAGGGCUAGCGGUGACACACCACAGGAGCAAAUGGCAAACGUUCUGCCAGAGACUGUUCGGGAGAAAGAAUAUAUUGCAGUGGACAUGCCAAAAUGCCUUCGGAUAAACAAGUACAAGACGACUCGGCGAGCGAUCUUGGAAGAGCUCACCCGAUCACGGAGCAGUAUUAAUGCUUCAAACGAUAUAGUGGUUGAUCCGGACUUUGAGGACCUUUUAGUUGUGUCACCAGAGCGAUUCGCUGAGAUUAAAGCAAGCAGGAUUGUUAAUGAUGGAAAGCUGAUUUUUGAGGAAAAGGCGAGUUUUUGGUGCCCUCGCUACAUCCGUUCGUUACUGCCAGAGUUAGCGUCGCAAGGGGAGGUACAGAUACUCGAUGCUAGAGCAGGCUGUGGUACUAGGGCGCUGCAUCUGGCGGUAGAGGUUGAUGUCAUUGGAAAGGUCUUUGCAUGUGAAGCCAGGGCUGGUCGAUUAGAAUCGUUCAAAGCACAUUGGGGACUGCAGGGAUGUCAGAAUUUGGAAAUCAUCGAGUCUGAUUUCACAAAUCUUGAUCCCCUCGAUUCGAAGUAUGAAAAGGUCUCAGUGGUCGUUGUGGAGCCACCUAAUUCUGCAACCGCAAUUUUGGAUAAACUUGGUUAUCUUCUCCAGGAGGAAGAAUUUCCAAAUGACCAAUACACCCAAAAGGAUCUGUGGUCACUCAGAAGCCAGCAGCUAGGAAUGUUGAAACAUGCCUUUUCAUUUCCUAAUGUCAAAGUGAUAUUGUAUAUAACCCGAUCUGUAAACGCGGAGGAAAAUGAACAAGUUGUUCGCGAAACUCUGGAGGCCGUUGGUGAUAAAUGGGAGCUGGGAUGUGUAUUGCCCGAUGUUGCAGUGGAGAGAACAGAGGAAUAUGAAUUAGAGGAAUGCUUCAAGAUCCUUCCAACUGAAUCAACUGGAAACGGAAUUUUUAUUGCCAGCUUUCAUCUGGCGCCAGAAUCUCCACCAACUCCAGAAGAGGUGUCCGAGGACAAUCCGCAAUUUGUCUCUCUAGAAGAUGUGCAGGCAGGAGACGCAGUCAAACCACGACGACGGAAGCGAAAAGCCACGCGCCGCAACGCAUCAAAUACGCUUUCAAUGCCUCGGCUAUCCAAAGCCUUGACUGAGUCGGUGAAUCGUCUUGCAGUGCCACGAGGUCGCAGUCAAGCAGAUAUGCUUGCGCGUCGACAAAGUAAACCCGUCACCCAUGGCACAAGGGACGCCAACGACAAGGAGGACGCUGAGGGAGAGAUCAAUGAUGACCCGGAUAAUUCUGAAACACGCACCGAGGGUCGCAAACAGCAGAUAUCUGUUGUAAAUGACAAAGCCGAGAUGUACAAAGCAGAUAUCAGCAUAUUUGGCCUCAGUUUAACUAGCUUUUAUGCGCCGCGAGAUGCUGCUGUCAAAACAUUGGGCAAUAAGCCACUUAACAAACCCAAGUGGACCUAUCCUGUGCCGAAUCCCAGGCCAUGGCGAUGA